UUUCGCCCCCUUUUUCUGCGUUGCUUCUUCCCUCUUUAUUCCUAAUUCCACAAACCCCCAAUUUACAUAAUUAGGGAAAUUACUUCAAGAGAGGAAAGAAAAUAAAAAUCUGAUAUUCCCAAUUCAUAAAAACUUCAUUACUGCAUUUGGUGUGGAGGUGCAAAUAGGAACAUUUCCUAUUCUUUCUUCUCUGCGUAUUUCCCAGCUCAAAACAAUCACACCCUUUUUCUUCUUUCGCUUUACGUGAACUUAAGCCCAGGUAAUGAGGGCGUGUUUGGUUCACAAAAUAUAGGUAUGAGGUAUGGGGUUAGAAUGCGCUAAACCCAUACCUAGUGUUUGGUUAGUAAAAUUUUGAUUUUAAAACCAAUACCUUAAACCCAUGAGGUAUGGGGUUUAGAAACCCAUGGGGGGAGGUGGGUUUGGCUCAUACCAACCCUAGGUAUCAAAUUAUUUAAGAUAAUAAAUCUUGUUGCACAAAAAUAAAAAACACUCCCUUCUUCCCUGUGAUACUGCUGCCUACCGAAGCCAGAUACUCCAUUAUUUUUCUAAACUUUCUUCUACCGCAAUUUUUUUCUUUUGUCUUUUAGUUCUUAGUUUGCUUGUGGGUAAAUUACUUCCUUUGUUUGUCUUUUGUAGAAUAGCUAUACUACGUGAUUUGCUAGCUGAAGGGCCAAGUAAUUCGCUCAUUAAUUUUGUCAUAGUGUGUUGUGUGCAUGUUUUUGUCGAAAAAUUUUCCUUUAACCCUUCAGCAUCUUGUUCUGUAUUUUUUGUAUGCUCAUCAAUUCUCCUGCUAGAAUCAUGAGCUUCUAUCUGAAGAAGGUUUGUGUGGAUCACUCCAUAGUAUACUGCAAUUCUUGUGUGUUAGGUUCUUAAAUUUUGGUGUUAUUUUUUUUUUACAGAAUAGUAGUUAUAUAUUAUUUGUUGGUGAUAAUAUAUAGUGUUAUGUUUUUUUUUGACAGAAUAAUAAGUGCUCUAUAUUAUUUGUUGGUGAUAAUAAUGUUAUGUUUUUUUUGACAGAAUAAUAAGUGCAUAUAUAUUAUGUGGCAAUUCUAAGUAGAUGAUUUAGUAAUAUAUGACUAUUAGUCUUGUAGAAUUUUAGAUUUAUUCUUAUCCUCGUUAAUUCAUUAAAGUUAAUACUUACAACUACUUAUAAUUAUGUAUUUAUGUGAUGAAGUACAGAAAUAAUGGAGGAAUGUGGAUCCUUCUUGAGGAGGAGGAGACAAAGGGAGCUACUUGUAACAUUAUUGGUUAUUAUUAACAUUGCAAUUAUCAUGUAUCUAGUGCUACGUAGUAUAGCUGUAAAUCUACGUAGAAUGCACCUAAAUAUUGAUAAAAAAAACGUCGUAGAUUAGAUAAUUUGAAUGCAUUGAUCAGGGAUAGUGAUGUUGCUUGUAGGAGUGAAUUGCGAAUGAAUAGUCGCACAUUUAGUGUACUUUGUGAGAUGGUUAGGGAUAUUGGUGGAUUACGAGCUACUCGAAAUAUGAGCUUAGAAGAGAUAGUUGCAAUGUUCUUGUAUACGUUGGCCCAUCAUAAAAAAAAUAGGUCACUAGCAAGGUAUUUCCUUAGAAGUGGAGAAAGUGUUAGUAGACAAUUCAAUCUUUGUCUCCUUGCCGUUCUAAAGUUACAUCAUCAAUUAUACAAAAAACCUACCCCAAUGCCAGAGGAUUGCGAAAACAACAGAUGGAAAGAUUUCAAGAAUUGUUUAGGAGCCCUCGAUGGUACAUUUGUUAGAGUCCAUGUAGCAAAUGAGGAGAGGGGACGAUAUCGAACAAGAAAAGGUAACCUUGCAAUGAAUGUCUUAGGUGUAUGCACACCAAAUAUGGAAUUUGUGUUUGUCUUGCCUGGUUGGGAAGGUUCUGCACAUGAUGGUCGUGUUCUACGAGAUGCAAUAUUGAGACCUAAUGGUUUAAAAGUGCCUCAAGGUUGUUACUAUUUAGUAGAUGCUGGCUACACUAAUUGUGAGGGAUUUCUUGCACCUUAUCGAGGACAUCGCUAUCACUUGAAAGAAUGGGGGUAUCGACAACCAAUACGUGCAGAGGAGUACUUCAAUAUGAAACAUUCAAAAGCAAGAAAUGUAAUUGAGAGAAGUUUUGGCUUGUUAAAAGGAAGAUAGGGAAUUCUAAGAAGUCCUUCCUUUUUUCCUAUUUGCACCCAAGGUCGUAUAGUUAGUGCAUGUGCUUUAUUACAUAAUUUGAUUCGAAAAUGCAUGCCCACAGAUCUUGAGGUUGUCGAGGACAGUUCCGAAAGUGACAGUUUCGAUAGUGAUGAAAGUGAUGAUGAAGUUGAUUAUAUCACUCAAGUUCAAUCAUCAAAUACUUGGACUACAUUUAGGAACAACUUAGCACAAACUUUGUUUAACUCAUGGAGAGCUAGAUUAGCCUAGAUAGACAGACAUGGUGUUUGUUGUUUUAUUUUUCUUUGUAAUUCUUAGAAUGAUUGGUUUUUGUUUGAUGUUCUUGAUAUUUAAUAAUGUUGAAUUAUAGGACUUCAAGAAAUGAUAUUGUUCCAUUAUGUUAUUAAUUUUAUAAUAAAUUCUUUUUCAUCAUA